UAAACAAACACACACUGGGCAUGCGUCACUGUAAUAAUGGAGGACUGUCUUUUCUAGCCGGACUGAUGUUGUCCGUAUUGCAACUCUGUUACCUGUAAUCGGAGAGCAAACAACUCCCCUUCAUUUCAGCGUGUAGUUGAGGUCACAAUAACACUCCCAAGAUGACCACAGACACGCCAGCCCAAAGUGUGGGCUGCAGGGUGAUGACAUUCACCCCCUCCAAAGAGGAGUUCAAGGACUUUGGACGUUACAUUGCCUUUAUGGAGUCACAAGGAGCGCACAGAGCUGGGAUGGCAAAAGUUAUUCCUCCUAAAGGCUGGAAACCCAGAAAGACUUAUGAUGAUAUCGAUGACCUGGUGAUUCCCGCUCCCAUCCAGCAGGUGGUUACCGGCCAGUCAGGACUAUUCACACAGUACAACAUCCAAAAGAAGCCCAUGACUGUCCAUGAUUUCCGCAAGACCUCCAACAUGGACAAAUUCUGCAGCCCACGAUACGUGGAUUUUGACGAGCUGGAGAGGAAGUUUUGGAAGAACCUGACCUUUAACCCUCCACUUUACGGUGCUGAUGUCAGUGGAACGCUAUACGAUCCAGAUGUGACUGAAUGGAACAUUGGUCGUCUCAACACUAUCCUGGACAUUGUGGAGAAUGAGAGUGGCAUCAAGAUCAAGGGUGUCAACACGCCCUACCUGUACUUUGGGAUGUGGAAGAGCGCCUUUGCGUGGCACACAGAAGACAUGGAUCUAUAUAGCAUCAACUACCUGCACUUUGGAGAGCCAAAGUCCUGGUACGUCGUCCCACCAGAGCAAGGGAAACGUCUGGAAAGGCUCGCCAAGGGUUUCUUUCCAGGUAACGUCCAGGGCUGUGAAGCCUUCCUGCGCCACAAGAUGACUUUAAUUUCACCAUUCAUCCUGAAAAAAUAUGGCAUACCAUUUGAAAAGGUCACUCAGGAGGCCGGGCAGUUCAUCGUGACGUUCCCGUUUGGUUAUCACGCUGGUUUCAACCACGGCUUCAACUGCGCCGAGUCAACUAAUUUUGCCACUCAACGAUGGAUCGAUUACGGCAAACAAGCAACGCUGUGUUCAUGCCGGCAGGACAUGGUGAAGAUCUCCAUGGACGUAUUUGUACGCAAGUUUCAACCUGAACGUUACAAGCUGUGGAAGGCAGGGAAAGACAACGCUCCCAUCGACCACUCCAAGCCCACGCCGGAGGCCGCCGAGUUUCUGAAAGAAGACAAAAAGAUCGGACCUUCAAAGGAGAGUCCCGCUGAGGUGCCAUCCGAGGAGCCCAACACUGCUGUCCAGGAGGACAAAAGUCCAGAGCCUCACACUGGGACUAAAUGUCAGCUUGAAGCUGUCAAAGCCUCUGAAGAUGUCAAACCUGAGCUGCCAGUGGUGGAGGUGGAGCCAAAGGAGGUGGAGGUGGAGCCAAAGGAGGUGGAGGUGGAGCCAAAGAAGGCCAAGCUGUCACGUAAGGAGUCUCCAACUAAAGUGACCAGCAAGGCAGAAAAAGACACAGUGAAAGUCAAGGAGGUGAAGAAGGAGAAAGGGACCAAACCCCAGCCUAAAGCUCAGUCCAAAGCCAAUGCCAAGAAAACUUCAAACAGACGAAGUCCGCUGAAAAAAGAGAAGAACUGCGUGGUGGCUAUGGAGGUCUUUCCUCCCGAGCCCACUGAGAACCAGGUGGUUUCUCUGGGCGCUGAGGAGAUCGCUGGAAGCGAGGAGCCUCCACUGGACAACAGCUGCAGCAAAGUGUUUCAGAGGACGCUGAGUCCCGCAGACGUCCUGCACGUCCACAGCUACGCCAAAGGAGACUACGGCGACGGAGAAGUGCUGUCCAGAGAGGAGAAGACGAGUGAGGAUAGCGACCAUGAAACCGAGGAGGACAACUGUCAUGUUGGCAAAGCAGUGAGUGGACAUGUAUUUAACAUUCAGGUGGCAAAAGCGAUGGCAGGAGUUCGAGAGUUUGAGACUGACCUUGGGCAGCUUCCAGGACACCAUCCACUCAUAAAAGACGGCAUGAGUGAUGAAGAGACUCCAGAAGAGCCGCCCCCAGUGGAGGCAGGGGGUGUGGAGGGUGAGGGCUGGGCCAAGCCUCUGACUCACCUGUGGCAAAGCAGGCCACCCAACCUGAAGAAAGAGAGGGAGUACAACCAGCGAAUAGGCUCCAAGCCUCCAUACUGCUCCAUCUGUUUGCUCUUCCACACGUACCACCAGACUGAGUGUGCGCACAGCAUCGACACGCACGUGGUGGUGGCCGGGGAGCGGAUGCGAACCAAACCUCUGAUUCCUGAGAUGUGUUUCACCACCACCACAGAGGACGACGCUGAGUGUGAAGAGCAACCGGUCACUCCUCGUCUGGAAGAAGAUGGAACCAGUCUCCUCAUCAGCUGCUCACAGUGCAGCGUGAGAGUUCAUGCAUCCUGUUACGGUGUCGAUCCAGCCAGUGUGAACAAGGAGUGGAAGUGUGCACGCUGCAAGGCCAACGCCAUGACUGAGAAUUGCUGCCUGUGUUCAUUGAGGGGCGGAGCUUUGCAGAAAGCCAACAAUAACAAGUGGGUACACGUGCUGUGUGCGGUUGCUGUGCUGGAGGCACGCUUUGUCAACAUCACAGAAAGAAGUCCUGUGGACUUGAGUGGGAUCCCACUGCAGAGAUUCAAACUGAAAUGUUACUACUGUAAGAAGCGGAUGAAGAAGGCGUCCGGCUGUUGCGUGCAGUGCUCUCACGGGCGCUGCCCCACCGCCUAUCACCCCACCUGUGCGCAGGCCGCCGGGGUGCUGAUGCAGCCAGAUGAAUGGCCGUUUGUGGUACACGUUACCUGCUGUCGACACAAAGGUCCCGCUCAGAUUGAGCGCAAUAAGGCAGCCAUGCACGAGCUGACCGUGGGACAGAAGGUCAUAUGCAAGCACAAGAAUGGGCGCUACUACCAGUGUGACGUGGUGCAGCUGUCCAAAGAGACGUUCUACGAGGUCAACUUUGACGAUGGUUCUUUUAGCGAUAACCUUUUCCCCGAGGACAUCGUGAACCGAGACUGCGCUCAGCUUGGACCACCGCCGCAGGGUGAGGUGGUUCAGGUGAGAUGGACGGACGGCCUGGUGUACGGGGCCAAGUUUGUGGCAGCUCACGUCAUUCAAAUGUACCUGGUGGAAUUUGAGGACGGAUCACAACUAACAGCCAAGAGAGAUGAUGUCUACAGUCUGGAUGAAGAACUCCCCAAGAGAGUUAAAACCAGACUGUCGAAAGCAUCGGACAUGAGGUUCGACGGGAUCUUCGAGGAGAAGGAAAUCAUUCAGGAGUCAAAGAGACAGAGAGUAAUCAACUCCCGUUACAGGGGGGACUACAUCGAGCCUGUGAUCUACAGAGCCAUCAUGGAGUAACGGCCACUUCCUGUCUGCCCACCCACUCACCAGCAGCACUGACAGACUGAACUGUGCUCACUGUACCUUAACUUAGCAGCUAGCCGCAGAGAGAGUGUAGCUCCAGAUGACUUCCUUCAGGACCCGCUUUGGACUGUUCUCUUUUUUCCUCUCCUGUCUGUAAGUCGAGGAAACUGCAGUAUUGUUUCAUUCAGUUUUUUCCACGCAAGUCCACAGACGGGCUGAAUCCACGCCCGGCAGCACGCAUCAGAAGGAAGCAAUACAACAAAAAGCAUUACAUCAGUCAAGUAGCAUUUUGACACAAAGAUGUCAAUUUAAAAAAAAUGAGGUUUUGAAUCUGCUCUAAACAUUUCAGUCUCCUUAGUGUUGAUCUAAGCUUAAAGCAAACUCAGCUUUAUUUCAUUUUGUCCUUUACCAUUAGUGCCUGUGAUACACUGAGCCCGGCAAGUAACAGGUCCGCAACUUUUUAUACGCUCGGAUUUACAGUUUCUGACUGUCUGAGUUCGUUAGAACGACCAGCAUUGUCCAAAAUGUUCACUCUUAGAUUUCACUUGAUGAUUUACUACCCUACACUCGACUGUUGUAGCACAGGAACAAACACGCCUGACUGCAGAUCCUGUGUUUGCCACUGGUCCAGUUCUCUUCUCUACAGUAGAGAAAAACCAAAACACUCAACUGUUCCAACAGUUGGACUUACUGAAGGAAGGCGUGUGGAAGGGGCUGGUGCUAUAUGUGCACGCCACGAUUUCCUUCACAGAAAUAUUUCCCCAGUUACUGGUUCUUAAAUAUGUGGUAGCGUCACUGAAGCCAGGGCCACAGCAGUAAGGCAGGCAGCUUCUGAGGGGGGAGGCUGAGCACUUCCUGCUCACACUGAGAACGAGCAUCACAGACAGACUUUUAUGGAGAUGUUUAACAUUAAGUGCAGAAAUCUUCCAUUUUUGCUGACAGCAGCAGCUUCUUUCAGGGUUUUUGUGUUUAGAGUUGAAACUAUUGCAAAACGAUUGUAUUUUCAGAGUCAGCUGACGGCUCACACCUGCUGUUAGCUGCAGCAGUGGAAACGCAGAGACAUCAAACAUCUUAACGUUUACAGUUAAUUAUUUAAGGAGUCGGAUCGAAGAGCUGAAUUAACUUUAUUCUUCUUCUACCAGUUACUCAAAGGAUCAGUUGGUUAACUGAUUGAGCUUUUAAAAACUUUACCCCUGAAACUUGCCGGGUUUCAAACUUUGAGGAGGUUAGACUGAAAUACUGCCACGCUAAUCUAAUUGAACACAACUUGCUUGCACGCAGCAGCGCCACAGUGUUACAGAAUGAACGGCACCCCCUACUUCACUAAAAGUGGAUCAACUUCAUAAGAAUGUGCAAAUUUGCCACAAACCAUCAGACUUCCAGCUGGUGAGGCUCAUGUACUACCACAGAUUGUGGUCAGAGGAAACCAUUUGUUUCCUUAAAUACGUUUCAAAGAUGCAGGAGUGACGUUGAAGAGUCGGGACAGUUCCCAACCUUAGAAGGUUCUUCAAGCUGUCCUGAUGGUAUUUUUAAAGGUUUAGAGAAACUGUUGAUCUGUGACGUCUGUGACAGAAGCCUGAACCGAGGCAAAUGUUCACUUUAACAAGCAGGUGAUCAGACCUCGCUGACCGCCAGAUUUCUUACUCGGGGCUACAUUGUUGCAUAAUGUAAUUCAUCACUCGUUAACAAGCUAAACUAGCCAAUCGGUUGAUCUUCUUCCAUUUGGCAUCCACAGAUGUAAAUGAUUUGCAGAGUUGGAGAAUUAAAUUUCCCAAUAAUGACAUUUGGAAAAAUCCCCAACCCCCCUUUAACCCAAUAGAAACAGGAGUCUAUUAAGCCACAGUGCAGGUUACACAGUUACUCUCACUGGCAAACCUUCCAGCACAUCUGGACUGGUGUUCAGUCCAACGACACUCUGAUCACCUCUUUGUCAGGUGAUCUUGUUACAAGGAGAUUCUUUUAAACAGCAACCUCAGUGUUUAUCUGUAGUGCAGCUGGAACGCCCGAGUUUCUGUACCGAGACUUAAUCAGUACCAACAAAAACUUUGCCUUAAAUCUGUCAAUAACCUGUAUUUCUACUCUGAUCAGACGACUCCUAAUCUGACGGGUUUUAGACACAGUGAGCAUUUUUAUGGCGUUUCGAGUUCAGUAACAGCAGUAAACUAAACGUUUUCCACUACAAGUACUGGGGGACAAAUAAAUAACAUAUCAGUGAAGUCUGUUGAUUCUCCAAAGAGCCUCUUCCUGUGGGUAGACUUUGGUUUCAUUGGACUGCAGCUGGUAGUCCUCGUUCAGCUCUAACAUCCUCAGUGAGCUUGAUGUAGUGGCACAUGAACCAGCACACCUUCUACUGGUUCUGGUGUCCCUUCAGCUUGCAGUAGGUCGUCAGCAGCUGCAGUCCAACAGCAAAGCUGGAGUCUGUCAGCAGGGUGACAUCCUCUGUGGAGGAGCAGCGCACUGAUAUUUAGUACAACAAGGACCUGUGAAGGCGUCAGGAAGGGAAAGCAAGAUGAACGGUAGCAGCUGAACUUCUUAUAAGGGCGAGAGGACUGUCCCAGUACAUGUGGCAAGAAAAUAAAUUCAAUGCUUAAAUUUGUCAAUAAAUAUACUUGAGCAACACGACCACGUAAAGUUUGUAUGUGGAAAAGACUAAUAAGUGUAAUAUUUCAGAGUUCAGAGGAUUUUACUUUGAUGCUGUUUGAAAGAAUCUCCUUGUAACUUUUCCCAGCAUUCCCGGCUGCAGGGAUACAGAAACUGAUGACCUAUUUCUCUUUGGGAGCGGUGCCAUCUAACUCACUGAAAUUGCCUCCUUGUCAUUAACUGCAUUCCUUCACAUUUAGCAGAACUGAAAUUCGCUUUUUCAUGUUUUUACCUGCCUAUUUAUUAAAGGUGCUUUGAGAAAGCAGCCUCUGCGUUAAUAAGAGUCUGCAGUGACCCUGCAGCCGUCGAGGUUGCCGAUGUAUGUUCUAUUUUUUCUACACUAUAGAGAUGAAUUUUAAAGAGUCCAUUUGGAUUUUUAAUGCGCUUUGUUUCCUCUCUCUCCUACUGAAAACUGUGCUUUGCACUUUUAUUUAAAUUUGCGAGGACAUUUGAACAGCUGUGUGCUAAAUUUGUUAAUGUUUAAGAAUGUUAAUUGUACAUUUAUAAGAUGUCUUAUGGAUUGUGUGCUCCCCUCCUCCUCCCGGCCGAGCCUCGGGCGUCACAGAGUCCGUCUCCAUCAGGCCGGUGCAGAAUGAAUUUGUUUCAUUCAGAAACUAUCAAAAGAGUUUUACGAGAGCGAGUGGGGACGGGAUUUUCUUUCAAUUCUAUUUUGUUGUUGUUUUGUAAAAGCUGUUCUGUGUAAAUGUCAUUUUAAGAUGUUACCUGUCGACACAGGAGAGACCGGUCCACUCUCGUCGUCUCCUCUUGAAGGAAAAUAUGAAAAUACUUCCAGAUUAUCAUCGAAACAUUUUGUAAAAAGUCAUGUGUUCGUUUCAGUAAAGAAAUCUGCUUAAGCACCA